AUGAAACGUAUCAAGUAUAACAAGACCACCACAAGACCAUGUAAUCAGUUAAAGAAGAAAGUCUUACUUUCUCGCCGGCGUCGAACGGUGUAUCUUACAGAUUUUAUUCCUUCAUCUUAUCGUGAUGCAAUGUCUGGUAAAAGUAUCUUCGUCACUGUCGGUUCUACCGGCUUCCAUUCUCUUACCGCUCUUAUCAUAUCUCAACCAUUUCUUCAGUUAGCGUCAUCUUUAUAUUAUCAUAAUAUCAUAGUACAGCAUGGCAGUCAUACUAUGAAUUUACAACUUCCAGAAUCAAGCAACGUAAGAUUAGAAUCGUAUGACUAUAAGCCAUCAUUGCAAGAAGACUAUGAAAGAGCAGAUCUUAUCAUCAGUCAUGCUGGCGCCGGAUCUAUCUUAGAGUCUCUUAGAUUAAAGAAACCCUUAAUAGUUGUAAUCAACGAUUUACUCAUGGAUAAUCAUCAAGUUGAACUUGCUCUUGAGCUACAUCAACAGAAAUACCUCAUUUGCACAUCAGUCAGUCAUUUACUUGAAACUCUGAAAUCAAGAAGUUAUGAAACGUUAAAGCCUUUUCCACGACAUGACGAGUUAGCGUUUGCACGCAUCUUAGAUAGGGAAUUGGGUUUGAACUAA